CAAUCGCCAGCGUGUUCUGGAUUGUGGCGCAGUUUACUCCCCGGGACCCCCCCUCUCCCUUUGCCUGGGAUUUUGGGAAAGCGGGGCGCAGGUUGAGGAUCGGGGCCAGGAUGGCUCUGCGCUCUGCGCCCCUCUUCCUCCUGGCGUUGGUGAAGGUGGUCCUGCGGGAGAGCUGCUUCGGCGCCUCUUCGCACUCCAUGAAGUAUUUCUCCUCCUCCAUCUCAGAGCCCAGUCAGGGGCUGCCCCAUUUUGUCUCUGUGGGAUAUGUGGACGGUCAGGUCUUUGUUCACUACGACAGCAACAGCCGGAGGGAGCAGCCUCGAGUCUCCUGGAUGAAAAAGGUGGGGAAGGAGGACCCCCAGUACUGGGACAGAGAGACCCAGAGAGAACGUGGCACUGAGGAGGAGUUCAAAGAAAGCCUGGAGAGUCUGAGGCUUCGCUACAAUCAGAGCGAAGGCCUUCACAUCUUGCAGUGGAUGUAUGGCUGUGAGCUCCAGGCUGAUGGGAGCAAAGGAGGGUUUAUGCAGCUUGGCUACGAUGGGAGGACUUUCCUCAUCUUCGACAAGGAGAGACUCACCUGGGUGGCUCCCCAACCCCAGGCCCAGAUCACCCAGAGGAAUUGGGAUGCUAUUCCAGGAUUGAAUCAGAGACACAAGUCCUAUCUGGAGGAAAUCUGCAUUGAAUGGCUGGAGAGGUAUCUGUCCUACGGGAAGGAGACGCUGCUGAAGAAAGAGCCCCCAGAGGUGACCAUGAGCAGCAGGACAGAGGUGGAGGAUGGGAUGGAGAUGCACGUCUGCCGCGUGGAUGGCUUCUACCCCAGGGAGAUCGAGGCCUUCUGGACGAGGGACGGGGAGGUCUGGCUGCAGGACACCCUCCGUGGCUCCGUGGCCCCCAACGCAGAUGGGACCUUCCACACCACGCUCAGCAUCCAGAUUGAUCCCAAAGAGAGGGGCCGCUAUCUGUGCCACGUGGAGCACAACGGCCUGCAGGAGCCUCUGGACGUGGCCCUGGAGGAACCAAAAUCCAACCUGGGGAUCAUCAUCGGCUGCGUUGUGGCUGGCCUUGUCUCGGUGUUUGCGAUUGUUGGGAUCUUGGCUUUUAUUUACAUUCCCAAGAGACGUCAAGAUGACCACAAUGCAACACCGAGUGAAUUGUCCUCUUUACAAGUAAUCUCCAACUUAAAGCAGGGACCAGAGGCUCCAUCAGUUGAGAGGAAGUGAGGAAGAAUCCAGCAGUUCCAGCCAGGCACGAGUGGACACUCCCAGCAUCAGGAGGGAGGAGAGAAGAGGGGAUCGGCCUUCUUCUGAAUUAGGACCGACUCUCAGGUGGAGCCCUUCAGACCCUUCCAGCAUGCUGGAACCAGGAUGGAUUUUGGGUCUUGCUCUUCAGGUGCCUCAUUUCAUGCAGUCGCCCAAGAAUGCAGAGACGCUUGAUUGACGGGAAAGAAGUCCCCAUAUUACGACGGAUGCUUUCUGAGCAAAGGAGUGAAAGGAUUGAAAGUGAACAGUGAAAUUGAAAAAGGGUGGGGUCUUACACCCAAACUUCUUUUGGGAUUCCCAGAUGCCUUCAAGAGCUGGCCAUCUUUGAGAGCCUAUAAAGGAGACUAUUUAAAGCAGCCACAUCCAUCCUGGCCCCUGUGGGCCACAUGCGGCCUUGGAUAGCUAGUAAAGCGGUCCUGCAGAAGUUUUAAUGCUCUAAUAAAAAUAUAAAGGAAGUUAUUUAAAUACA